ACCCGCCUCCAACUCAAAAGUCUUUAGACGCAGAUUAAGGACCCAUGAAAACGCCCACUGACAGAGUUUAACUCAGUCUGACCUUUAUAAUUCAGAUAAACUCUCCAAAAGCCAUGUUCUGUCGUGGCUGUCUGCGGUGAGUUCAGGGGCUCUCGCCAGUCCGCGGUAACAUGGCUCCGUUGCGUUCAAAGUUCUCGAUGUUUUGGAUGCUCGUUGUUUUGACAGCUCAUGUGACUGCAGGUAUAGGGAAACCGAAACUAAUCGGAGAUGAAGAGGCCUGUGUGUCCAGCAACAAUAACGACAACACACUCAGUUUGAGAGCCACUAAAAGCUUCGGGGUCGGCGGGCCGGAGCCGGGAGACAUCGCCGAUGCGUUUACGGUCCGAACUCUGGAUGGAGAGUUCCGCUACAAGCCGGGGGUCCUGGAGGGACCUCUCAUCAUCCACGCCUUCACCAACAAGUCCGGGUUUCUGGAGUGCCUGUGGAGCUCCGAGUCGUCUCUGAGCAGCCUGGUCCAGGACCUGCCCGACAGCACCCAGGUGCUGUUUCUGUCCCUGGACGACUCCGCGGUCACUGAUGCUCUGUGGAUGAGGGACCAGCUGCACCGGGUGGCCGUGCAAAGCGGUAAGAAGGAGGUUCUGUCCAGGCUGCACUUCUCUCCGGUGCCCGUCUUCGCUCUGGGUAACUGGAUCCCCAUGGUGCUGUACUACUGGGGCUGCGUGUCACGUAACUGCGUCCUUGCCCAGGUUGCUUUCACCUCCGAGGGGUGGCACAUGCCUAUCAUUAUCAAGAGACUAGACGCCAGGUAUGAUUGGCUCAGCACGCGCUGGGGUCAGGCGUCCUAUCAGCUGAUUGAUUCAGGCGACGGCUGUGAUCCCUCCCCCUCGCUGGCGGGAGCUGUGGCCUGGGUGUCCGAGGGGAACUGCUCUUAUUUCACUAAGGUGGAAAACAUGGCCAAAUCCAACGCGUCCGGUGUCCUUGUCUACGCUCUCCCCGGUAACCCAAUCCAGGACAUGAACUGCGUCGACGAUGAGUGCAACACGACGCUGAGCAUCCCCGCCGCCAUGGUGCACCUGGAGCCUUCGGUGGCUCAGGCGCUGGAGUCUGGACAGCCGGUGUAUGUGUCCUUCCAGAACACCCCGUCCCCGUACUUCUUCUUCAGUAUUGACCAACAGGGGCUGCUGGCUGAGAUGGGCUGGUUUCUUUACCCCUCGUUCAGCUUCGUCGCCUGGCAGGCACAGUGGUUUGAUUUCUACACUGAUCUGCAGAACAAACUCCAAAAUCCUGCAAAGGUUGUUACUGUGUUUGACAAAGUCCAGAUGCACAGGGAGAAGGGAGCGGUGGCCACAGUCGACAUGCCGGCAGGCUUGUCGGACUUUAACGUGCUGGAGCUGGACGCGGCCCUGUCGUGUCCCAGUAAGAGAGACGGGUCCUGCGCUCACUGGGAUCACACAGUGCAGCUGUUUGUCUGCUGUGACCCUCUCGGCCCGUACUGCAACACGGAGCUGGGCCGAUGGAUCACCGCCUUCCGCAGAGGUACCGGACGCUGGCUGACGGACGUGUCUCCUCUGCUUCCGCUGCUGGACGCCAACAAAUGCACCUUCACCAUGAAGACGCCGCCGUGGGCGAUGCCGUGGUUCACCUCCCUCAACCUGAGAUUCAGCAUCGGCAAUCAGACUGCGAACAUGACGGGUGAUGGUGACGAGGAGCUCCGUUCCUUCAGAGUGAUGUCGCUCUACAGCGGAGGAACCUUCGACAAAAACUACAACAAGAGAUACCAGCCCAUCAAAUUCUCCAUGCCGGCGUCGACCAAGAAGGUGGAGCUGUUCGCCGUCAUCACAGCCCACGGCUACGACGACAACCACUGUGGAGAGUUUUGCGUCACCUCCCACCACUUCCUGCUCAACAACGUCUUUAACAACACACUAAUAUUCGACUCUGCAGGGACGCCGCUGGGCUGCACCACGCGAGUGAAAGAGGGCGCCGUUCCAAACGAACACGGCACGUGGCUGUACGGACGAGCAGGCUGGUGUGACGGACUGCAGGUCAACCCCUGGAGGGUCGACGUCACCAAACAGUUGGACAUGAGCGGGUCUGAAUCCAACACUGUUCUCUACUUCGGCUUGUUUGAAGGGAAGGAUCCUAAUCCAGCCAAAGAUCCCGGAUACAUCAUCAUGUCGUCUUUUCUUGUCUUUUACAAAUGAUGCCGCUCUGUCAAACUCCAACAUUGAUGUAUUCGUAUUCUGCUGAAUGUACAAUCAAGCCAAAGAUUAAAUUUGUCUAUUUUCCUA